UUUAAAUUUCAUCCAAUAUUCCAAUUCAUCCUUACUGGCGACUGCUGUCACUGCUGGUUUUUGUGCUCGCGUCUGUAGAACUGUUCUAUUAUAAUAAUUAAAGUAUCAUUAUUAUCUAUAAAUAUUCUAUUACUACGUGUCCAGUUCGAUAUUAUUUAUUUAAGUCGUCGUCAUUGUCCCGUGCUUGGUUCUAUCUUCGGACUCCGAUCAUGUCGUCAAACCGCCCGUCAACGGUUGAAAAACUUUUGACGGCAUUAGACUGUAUGUUGGUCGAUGGUUUUGCGAUACAAGACAAAACGUUGCUGGAAAAACUUUUGACAAGUCUGCAGGACGCUGACGUUUUGCUGAAGACUAUACCUGUCACCACUCACUGCAAAUGGUUUGCCAACGUUUUGAAUAUCUAUCGGCAUCAAACUCCAGUGUCUAGAAAUGCUUCGAUACAUCUGUACGCUUUUGCCCUCAAGUACUUGGCUAUAUUGGUGAAACAUGAUGAUGGCUUUGUCACACUCAUUAAAACCGGUACUGUCCAAUCAAUGAUUAAUCAGCUAGACGUUGGGUCUGAUCUCAAAGAGUCUUCAAUUUUUAACGCUUACAUGUCAUUGUUGCAAACAUUGAAUACUCAUAAAACAGGUCUUGAAUAUGUUUUCCAAGAAGGUUUAUGGAAAAUUAUACUUGUUGCUAUUCGUGGAUUAAUUGUACCUGCAAAAUAUGUUGAAAUUCAAUCUAGUCAAUAUAUUGCCGAUUUAAUUUAUAAGUCAUUUGUCUAUGAAAUGGCUCAUUAUUGUGACCCUCUUCUUAAAGAAUUAUUUUAUAACUUAAAUUUAACUGACAAUCUAAUUGCUAAUCAUCAAGGCAUAAAAGAAUUUUUUGCCUAUAAUAUUUAUGUAAAAACAUUAAUUUUAUCUUUAGAAAAAUUCAUUGGAACUAAAUAUGAAUCCAAUGUUGUUCAAAACAUAAUUAAUAAAUAUUCUUUAUCAGAUGUAUUAGUGAAUAUUCUAAGGUUAUUAAAUGUAAAUUCAAUUCUAUUAAAAAACUAUAUGACAUUACAUUUGAUAUUUGACUGUUUUACUGUUUGGCAUCAUUCUGACAUGGAAUAUGUAUUAAAAUCAAUUUUUUCACAUAUGAAUAAGCAAAAAGACAUACAUUCGUAUAAAAAAAUUAACAACUUAUAUACACAAGCAAUCAUUUAUGCAAACAUCAGUAAUGCACAAUUAGCAGCUAACACAAUAUUUGAAAAGGAAUUAAUUAUUGGUCAGCUGAUACCAUUAAAUAAAUGUACUGACUGGCUUCAUUGUUCUAAUUAUGAAAAUUUGAAAUAUGAUAGAAGUUGUAUUAAUGAAUCUAAAUACAUUUUAAAUUAUUGCAAUAAUUACGAUUUCAUAAUAAAUGAAUUGGCCAUUUCUUCUAUACUCAACAUUGUAGACAUUGUUCAUGUACUUAAACAGGUGUCGUUGGAUUACUUGAUCAAUUUUUUUUCAACAUUAACAGAACAUUUUUUGAAUUCUGAUGAAUGGUUAGAACCGAACCAAGAUCGAGAUUCAAUUUAUUACAAAUUUUUAGAAAUAUUAUCAUACAUAUUUAUAUGUUGGUCAAAAGUAAUUGAGUGUAAAUCAUUUACUGAAAUUGCCAUACAAGAUCCAUUAUUGGUGCCACUUGUACAGAGCCAUAGACAGUUUUUUCACAGAUCUUCCCAUAAUUCCACUCUUUUACAGAAUGGUUUAAAAUUAAUUAGUACUUCAUUAAAUAAAAUAAGCAAAGAAAAUAUUCAAUGUACAGAUCAUUUGGCAGAUUUUAGUACACUGUGUACUACACUUAAUAAUUUACUAUUGGAUACCAGACCAGAAAUUCGAGAUAGUUGUUUACAGUGUAUUAGAAGCAUAGUAAAUGCUUCUAAGUACAGUUCUGGAAAUUUUCUUAUCAAACUCGUCUUGGAAAAAAAUAUUUCAAUAGCUGUUAUAAAUACUCUUAAACAUGACAAUGAUCCAUUUGUAAGAUCUAAAGCUCUUGAAUGUUUAGAAGAAAUGGUUUCUGUGUCAGAUAUUUGGGAAAUAUCUUUGAAAGAUUCAGAUUUAAUAACACAUUGUUUAAACUUAAUGCAAUGUGAAUCUGAAGGUAUCAUUAGACGACAAAUAGUAAAACUCAUCACUGCAUUGUUCGUUUAUAAUGAGCUCAGUGAUAAUCUGUUUAAUGAAAUAUGCAUUGUAAUGGUACACAUUAGCAUCAAAGAUCCACUUUGGGAAGUAAAAACAUUUACUUAUGAAUUUUGGGAUUCUGUUAUUCAUAAAUUUAUUGGAGAAUCUUGUAAACAAAAUAAUACCGAAAGUCUAAAUAACAGUCUUGUCAAAUUAAGUGCAACAGGUUGCUUACAUGUUCUUUAUCUUGCAUUGAAAGAAGAACAUGAUUUGGUAGUACAAAAAAAAGCCAUUUGUCUAACAAAAGAAUUGCUUACUUCUAUUAAUUCUACCAAUAAUAUGUGUAACUUAAAUUUUACGCCAAUAAGUGAACAAAAAAUUUUCCUGCAUAAUAUUGUUGAUGGAAGCAUAGAAAAUAGUUUUGGUUCCAAGGAAAAAAAAUCUAGACAUAUUGAUUCAUCUGAUAUGAUUUUAAAUUCUAUUACUACAACUAGUGACUGUGAAUUAUUACCAAGUCUAAAGUCAUUUAACCAUAGUAAUAUUUAUCCCAAUGAUAUUUGUCUUCAUCAAAAAACUGAUGACUAUUUAAAGAUCAAUGAUUUUUUAAACUUUACUUAUACUUAUGAUUUUAAUGAAUGCAAUGCUAAAACACAAUGGAUUAUAUCUACGAGGUCAGGUUUAGAUUCAAUGUUAGAUGACAUAAUUGGUCAAUCACAAAAUUGCUUCAUUGAAGGAGCAGAUCUUUUAGAUUGCCAUUAAUUAUAUUCUGCAUCAUAUUACUUUAAAUUUAUAUAUGUAUAAUAUUGUUGAUCGUGUUUUAGGAUGUCAUCAUUAUUAUAAGUAUAUUUUUAAUAUUUGUAUCUUGUUUUCUCCUUUAAAUUUAUGCAUAUUUAUUAUUUUUAUUUUUCUAACAUUUUUAUUUUAAAUUAUGUAAAUAAUAUAGUUAUUAUUGUUUUAUUUUUUUUUAUGUCUAGUUUUUAACAAUACUCAUAAUAUAUAUUAUAUUGUAUAAAAUAUAAAAAUUGAUUUUUUGAAAGAUAAUAAAAUUGAAUUUCUAGAUAAAGUUUAUUUUAAAAACUAUUCAAUUUAUAAAUAUUACAGUUGUAAUAAUAAUGUCUUAAAAAAUGAUUUAAUAUUCAAACCAUCUAUUAUAUUUUAUUUUCUGGCAAUGUUAUUAUUUUUUUUUUCAUUUCUUAUUAUAUAUAUUAUAAACUUUAAAAUAUCAACAUAUAAUAUAUAUGCAUUUCUUUCAAUUUUUAUGUUAUUGAAAAAAAGAUUUUAUUUUAUUUCAUAAUUCAGGUUAUGUUUUUGAAAUAAAAUUAAUUUCACUAUUUUUUAACUGCAACCAAUAUUUUUCUUUUCUUACUCUUGAAAGUAAAAUUAGCUGUAAAGUGAUUGGUUUACUACAGAGUUAUUUACUAACAUGCAGUUUAUAUCCAUUUUGUGUACUACUUAACUAUAUGUUUAUGUAUAAAAGUAUAGUAUGCAUUCUACUAAUUGUUUUUUAUUCUUCUAUACCAAGAAUAUCCUCAUCAUUAUAAUUAUUGUAUUAUUAUUUAUUUUUAUACUAAAUCCGUAUUUUUUUCAUUUAUUUUGAUACCUAUGAAAGUAUGUUAUAUUUUUUUAUACUUCCUAUAACUUAUAAUAAUUUUCUUAUUUAUUAUACAUUAUUUCAUGUGAUAAUCACUUUAAUAGAAUGUGAAUUUUCUGUUAAAUCUUCCCAAGUAUUUAUGAUUAUAAACUAUAAUCAAUUAAAUAUUUUGUAAAUUAUUUUACUUGGAUAAUAAAAUUGUAUUAUUUGUGUUCGUUAGUUGAUUGAUUUUCAUUAGCAUGAUUGUUGUUUUUCACAGAAUUAAGUUUAAAACCUACAACAAGCAUUGGGUAAAGCCUAGUUGUAUACUCGUAUUAUUUAAACAAUCAAAUGUAUCCUUUUAAAAUUGUCAUUGUAUGUGGAUUAUAUAACAAUAAAUUGUUUUCAACAAAAU